GGGGACCCACUGGACAAGGGAGGCAGAAGAAGUUAUUUCUCCCUCCCCGGCUGCAAGAUUCCGAUGGGCAAGAUGGUGCCCAACUCUCUGCGCGCGCUCUUCCUUUCGCUGCUGCUCCUCGCCUGCCCCGAGUCGCGGGCUUCCCAGAACUGUCUCAACAAACAGCAGCUACUCUCGGCCAUCCGCCAGCUGCAGCAGCUGCUGAAGGGCCAGGAGACGCGCUUCGCCGAGGGCAUCCGCCACAUGAAGAGCCGGCUGGCCGCGCUGCAGAGCUCUGUGAGCAGGGUGGCCCCGGAUGCGCCGCCAGUUUCCUGCCCAGCUCUGAAUGCCCCUCCAGAUGGCAAAAAGUUUGGAAGCAAGUACCUAGUGGAUCAUGAAGUCCAUUUUACCUGCAACCCCGGGUUCCGGCUGGUUGGGCCCGGCAGCGUGGUGUGUCUUCCCAAUGGCACCUGGACAGGGGAGCAGCCCCACUGUAGAGAUAUCAGUGAAUGCUCCAGCCAGCCUUGCCAAAAUGGUGGCACAUGUGUAGAAGGAGUCAACCAGUACAGAUGCAUUUGUCCUCCAGGAAGGACAGGGAGCCGCUGUCAGCACCAGGCCCAGACCGAUGUUAACGAGUGUGAGCUCUACGGGCAGGAGGGGCGCCCCCGGCUCUGCAUGCACACCUGUGUCAACACCCCGGGCUCCUACCGCUGCACUUGCCCCAGUGGAUACCGAACCCUGGCCGAUGGGAAGAGCUGUGAGGAUGUCGAUGAGUGUGCGGGCCCACAGCAUGUGUGCCCACGGGGGACCACGUGCAUCAACACCGGUGGGGGCUUCCAGUGUGUCAGCCCCGAGUGCCCUGAGGGCAGCGGCAAUGUGAGCUAUGUGAAGACAUCCCCCUUCCAGUGCGAGCGAAACCCCUGCCCCAUGGACAGCAGACCCUGCCGCCACCUGCCUAAGACCAUCUCCUUCCAUUACCUGUCUCUGCCCUCCAACCUGAAGCCACCCAUCACGCUCUUCCGCAUGGCCACAGCCUCCGCCCCCAGCCGGCCUGGGCCCAACAGUCUGCGGUUUGGGAUCGUGGGUGGGAACAGCCGUGGCCAUUUCGUGAUGCAGCGUUCAGACCGGCAGACUGGGGAGCUGAUCCUCGUCCAGAGCCUUGAGGGGCCUCAGACGCUGGAGGUGGACGUUGACAUGUCAGAAUACCUGGACCGCUCCUUCCAGGCUAACCAUGUGUCUAAGGUCACCAUCUUCGUGUCCCCUUAUGACUUCUAAGUGUGCUGGUAGGGUACCAGGGUAUGGAGAUCUGGCUCAUUCUCUUCCUGGAAGACUCCACUGUGGGCACUGUGGGCGACAGACGUCUCUCCCCUCCCACCUGGUCCCUGCCCACCUGCCUGUUCACCCAGGCUUCUGGGGCAG